AUGAAUCAGGGUGAUCAGAGUGAUCUCAUCAAACAAGUCGUUGACCUUUGUCAGACUGAUGAGACCACUGCGAAGUUUUACUUACAGCUGUUUAACUGGAAUCUUAAUGAUGCCGUUGAAAGUCUUCUGAGCGCUGCUGAUGAUGGUUCUACGGCGGGUGAAUUUCCACUACAUGAAGAGGUUGUGUCCGGUAGCAAUUCGUUUAGAGAAGAACAGCCGAAAGUUGCACCUUCUGCUUCAUCUCACUUAAUUCGAAGUGAUUCGGGACCAAAGAUAGCUACCCUCUCCACUCUUGAUAAUCGCAGAGAUCAUGGAUCGGAUGAUGAACAGGGACAAGCUUUUUAUGUUGGUGGUGCGGAGCAUGGAGGUGGUGGUCAGCAGGUUCUUGGACCUCCACGGUUGGAUAAUCCGGAGUCUUUUGUCCAAGGCAUUUUCCGUGCAGCUCGUGAAGGUGGUGCGGAAACUCUAGAUCAUACUCGUGUCUGUGAUACCGAUUUCGACUCUACUAGCCACCAGGAAGCCUUUGCCGGCACUGGGUAUCGCCUUGGUGAGUCUCUUUCAGACCCUCUUGUGAAGGUUCCUGGAAAACAGUCAAAUUCGAGAAGCAUUGGAAUUUCUUCUCAUGGGCACGACGGUGAGGAGGGUCCGGGCGGGGCUCAAUCCGUAGUUGUGAAAAUGUGGAAUAAUGGUUUCAGUCUCGAUGAUGGACCUCUCCGGUCCUACACUGAUCCUGACUCCCUUGAAUUCAUGGCUGCUGUCAAGCAAGGAAGCAUUCCUCCUGAAUUGGUUUCGUCGUCACGAAACCGCGAGGUCCACGUCCUCCUGGAAGACCACCAUAACGAGCCCUAUCAGCAGCCUCCGCCUCCAAAAGUAAAGGCUUUCUCUGGUGUAGGGCGGUUGUUAGGUCAUCCUACCCCAAAGGUGGUCACCAAUGAACUUCCUGCCGAAACUGGCGCUGCCUCUGUUUCAUCAUCUCCUCUUCCUUGUCCAGAAGUCGAUCAAUCGAAACCGACCACACAGUUGCAAAUUCGAUUGCCUGAUGGUUCUAGGUUGGUUGUUAAACUUAAUCACCAGCAUACAGUGCAGGACCUCCGUGCCGCGAUAAUCAGUCAAAGGCCCGAGUUAGCCUCCCACCGGUUCGGUCUGCAUACCGCAUUCCCUCGGGGUGAGCUCAAAGACAACUCGGCCACGCUGGCUAGUGCCAACUUACUCAACUCAACUCUCCUUGUCACAAAGACCUGA